GAUGAAGCGAGCAGUCAAAACCUAACGGUCAUCGACGGUUGAAAAUGCUUUUCUUUUGUAAGCAAAUCAGACCGAUCAACACGCGAGUACUUUAGGCGAUCAGUUGAACCGGUUCGUGUAACCAAAACAUUCUAGCGAUAAUCCCAGCCUUGGCCACAAGCCGGUAUCUUGGACAAUAACGGUGAUUCGCAAUUCAAUUCAAGGCAGCUGUUAGAUUGGCGUCCCCCGUUCAAAGGAACAGUGAACUUGAAAUGGCUAUAAACGAUCAAGCGAUCAUUGUUGUGUCAUAACCGUUCUGUUGUUCUCUGCACCGUGUGAGAGGCGAGCUAGCCGUCAAUGCAUGCAAAAGAAAUACGAAGUAACAGCACUACAACACUGGUCAUGAACUCUUCCGUGUUACCAGACAGAGCAAUCAAAGACGGUUUACCAAAACUUGCUAAGGAUUCUUGUAACACAUUUGCCUUGUGCAAGGUUUGUGGUGACCGUGCAUCUGGAAGACAUUAUGGUGUUUUGACAUGUGAUGGAUGUAGAGGAUUCUUCAAACGAAGUGUGAGAAGAAACAUUGAGUACGUCUGCAAAUUCCAAGGCAAGUGCAUCGUAGAUCUGAAGAGAAGAAAUCAAUGCCAGUCAUGCAGAUACCAAAGAUGCCUGCUUGUUGGGAUGAACAGACACUUUCAACAUGAAAGACUGCCCCGAAAGCAGAAAUUCUUCCAUUCUGAUGACAGCACUCACGAGGAGCCUCUUAAGAAGAAACAUUCUAUGUCCAGCCCAAGUGACGUCAGCAUUGAUUACCGCAUUAUACCAAAUCCAGGCCUUGUACCAAGCAAGUGUGGCCCUGUUCUCCCUAUUUCUCGCUUUUUCCAAACACCAUCGAUAGAGUUUCCAAAAGAAAACCAUCCACCAGUAUCUCUUCCAAAGAAACACAGUUAUUCAAUAGAAUCAUUGCUAGAUAUAGCCAAGAAAGACAAAACAACGCGAUACUAUGAAUCGUCCGUGAGCAGUUUUCCGAGCACACCCCCAGACAGCCCAACUGCCCUAGCAAAUUUUAACGACAGACUCUACGAAACACUUCAUCGGGUGCUGCAAAGUACUUUUUCGUGGCCAUGCACUAUAUCUACUUUUACCGAACUACCCAACGGGGAUAAGGCCAAGCUGCUUGAUGAAGCCUGGUCUGAACUUUUUUUGCUUGGCCUUAUAGAAAGUGAUAUUUCACCCUCCAUGUUUGCUGGAUAUCUGCAAAAUGUCAUUUGCCUAUUCAGAAGCAAAGAUGAUUUGAAGAAACUUGAAAAAUUCGAACAUGUGCUUCGAAAACUGAAGUCAUUAGGAAUUGAUCGCAAUGAAAUGGCAUUUCUAAAGGCAAUCGCCCUGUUCAAACCACAUUCGCAGUCUCUUGUGAUGCGCCAGCACAUAGAGAAUUUGCAGGACCAGGCACAAGUGAUGCUGAGCGACUACGCAAGACAAUGUCAUCCAGGCAAUACAGCUAGAUUCGGCAAACUGAUAUUAUCUCUACAGCUCCUGCUCACUGUCGAUCAAGGUCUGCUACGCAACUGCUUGCAACAACCACGCUCUUUUCUGCCAUUCUCAUUUCGCUACGACAAAGUAGGCAGCUAAACAUGGUUUCAUAAUGAAGACGAUUCAAAAAGGCACAUUAAAUGUGCAAUUGUAUAGCUAAUUUUUCUACCCGUUUUGGGGUGAUUUCCAGUCAUGUAUCAAAUGUAGUGUAGAUUUAAACCUAUAUGGAAUACAAAAUUUUACAAAAUGAGUCGUGUCACUUGUUAUUUGAUAUCAGUUGUUAUAUCGUAACUUUUAUUUGAAUGGUACUUUUUUAAAGCAGCGUUUUGUGUAAAUAUGUUGGAUUCAAAUUUACAAGAAAGCCUAAAAAUUUAAAUCCAGAUUUCCUUCAAAAAUGCCACUUUAACAUAGAAUCUGCACCAGGAGACAUUUACAACUAAGAUAUCCGUGCUCAGGCAAAAAUAUAGCAGAGGAUGAGACCCAAUAUUUUCUUUACCAAAACGUCGAAUCCAUGUACAAAUGCUCAGUUAACUUUUGCAGUUUUCGUUACCUCUCGCAAAUUAUUUCCCUGCAUGCAUUUUUACAUUAUCCAAAGCCCUCAACCUUUACAUUUGCAUAACUUGCCCCAAAUGGCACAAAGGCCCAAAUGGCCCAAUUUGAAACUCUUUUGAAUGUCAGCUUCACCCUUUGUAUUACUUAAAUGUAUUAACAGGCCUUGAAAUGUAUUUCCGCUGAGAAAUGGCAUUUGAUUUAUAUGUCACUUAUUCCAAAGAAAUUCAUUAUACGAGCAGAUCAGUCAAGAAAAAUCUUAAAGUAAUGCAAUGAUAUCAAAGCAUAUCCAACUUAACCCUUACAUUAAAAUUAAGUCAAUAAAAUAGGUAGAAUCUAAAAUUCUCACUAUAGUACCUAAAAACAUUAUACCUGCUAAGCCAUAUUAUCUUGAAAUCGUAGAUACCAGAAAGACCAAUCCGUGUGCUACAACCUCUCUCUCUCUCUCUCUCUCUCUCUCUCUCUCUCUCUCUCUCUCUCUCUCUCUCUCUCUCUCUCUCUCUCUCUCUCUCUCUGUGCGAAUUUUAACUCAAAUGCUUAAGUUACGUUGACUCAAAUCUGUUUUACAUCGAGCUAAAUGCGAGUGCAAUGGGACUUAGGAAGAUCUUAAAGUUUUCAUCACGUCUUUUAUUUGUAAGAUAGUUCCUUUUUGUAUUGUUAAAUAUCAUGUUUUGUAUUGCCUUUUCUGUUUGCCAUCGGGUUUUAUACUUUGUUAUGACCAUUUUUUAUCUUAUUUUCAUACAGAUAUUUUAUCUUGAAA